UAUCCAUGUGUUUUGUUAUAGGCAUGUAUUUGCUAUACGUCUGUACUUCGUUACAAGGACUAACUGAUCAAGUCUACCUGCAUGUGAAUAAUGCAAUUGCUCCAUCGGCUGAAAUUUAAGAAAAGUUUUAAAAUAAGCAUGUUUCCAUUCCAGAUGACCUUUUUUUAAAAAAAAGAAAUAAGCCGUUGCCUUUAGCGGCUACCAGUCAAGCUUUAAACAGGAAUCAUGGCUGAAGAGAUAGGUAUCAGCAAACUGGAAAACACAGUCACCCAUGACGUCGGAAUCUGGAUUGUGUGUGUGUGUUUUUUUUUUCGAGCUCUUGCCUUUUUUUUUUUUUCACCCAGGUCGGCCUGUCACUAACCCCCAGUUACAAUUUUUUGAAGCUUUUUUUUAAAAAAUGUCCAGCACCAUCUUACAGGCACUCCGUCAAAAUGGAGCUACUAUGCGCAAGUUCAGCGCUUUCACACCUACUUGGAUUCGCCCCAUGAGCACAGCAGUUGGAUCUACACCUGUUGCUCCUGUUACACCUGUUAUUCCCACCAUGACUAGCAGUGAAGUCCCCAUUGUGCCUAACGAUGAAGUUGUGAGUCAGUUAGUCAACACACUCAUGAGAGACGGAAAGAAAGCCAGAGCACAACGUUUAGUAUCCGACAGUAUGAAGCACCUUGCAAAGAAAAUCGGAGAAGAGACCACUCCUUACAGCGUUUUGUUGGAAGCUAUUGAAAGCGCCUCUCCCUUAUUGAAAUUAUCCUCCACCAAAAAGGGAUCCAAAGUUGUCCAUGUGCCUACAGCAUUAAGAGACCGUCAACGUCGCCGUCGUGCUAUUGUUUGGAUGUUGGAUGCCUCAAAGAAGCGCGGAGAGAAAUCAUUCGAAGAGAGAUUUGCAGCAGAGGUGUUUGAUGUUUCUCAAGGUAUCAGUCCUGUCUUGCAAAAGAAGCAACAGGUUCACAAACAAGCAUUAGCAAACCGUGCCAAUGCCCAAGUCUCUUAUAACACCCAACGAUAAAUUUAUUACUACCAUAAAACUCCACAAUUCACAAACACACACAAACACAUACGCCAACACGAACACCUUUUUUCUUAGAAUGUCUACGCGAUAUCAAAUAUAUACAUAGUGUAAUAAAAAAAAGUUUUUAUUUUAGAAAUGGUAUAUAUAGAUGGGGAAUAGUGUAACCUUGUGAUAGAAGAUGUGCAUUGAGAGAUUAACGCUACAAAGUGGGGGGUCUGUUCUUUAGAAAUAUGUGGGUAAAGUGUAACCUCCACCGGAUAGAAAGAUGAUCAAUGCGAGAUUAACGCUACAAAGCUACGUUCUAA